UGGAGGUCAUUAGGCCUAAGUGUGUAAUUACUUGUUCAUUAAAUUUACUGAUAUCUUAAAUAAAAUAACAAUUACAGAUUUAUUGGAGUUUCACUAACCCUAACCAGUAUGGCAAGUGCAAUGAAAUUUGUCAAGUUCUCCCUGGAUAAAUUGUGCCCGAAAAUUCUGAAUCUUAGAAGCAAAAAAAACUCAAACUCAAAGAUAGAGCACGGGCUUACAGAGGAACAAAUAGCAGAAUUUAAAGAAGCAUUUAUGACAUUUGACAAAGAUUCAGAUGGCGUGAUUACAGCGGCAGAGCUAGGGAUAGUGAUGAGAUCAUUAGGGCAGCAGCCGACGGAGAAAGAGUUACGUAAUAUGGUGUUGAUGGUAGAUCUAGACGGCAAUGGCACAAUUGAGUUCCACGAAUUUCUUUUCAUGAUGUCCAAGAAGAUAAAGGAUUCGAGUAGGGAAGAGGCCCUUCGCGAAGCUUUUGCAGUUUUCGACAGAAAUAGUGACGGUUACAUCAGUUCUUCAGAUCUCAGGCACGCGAUGAUCAAUCUUGGCGAAAAACUUACCGAUGAAGAAGUGGAAAACAUGAUUAAAGAGGCCGAUUCAGACGGUGAUGGUUUAGUGAGUUUUGACGAAUUUGUGAAGAUCGUCACUCCAGCUAAAUGAGGCUUCCCAUAACACGGAACUUACAUUUAUGUAAAAUAUAUUUGAAGAAUUCUUGAUACCUUUGCCUUCAUUCAUUACAUGCAAGGAGCUACUUCAGCAACAGCAACGAGAUAAUGGCCAAAUGAUACAGCGCCCUCUGUGAUAUUAUACUUCUCUGUUCAGUAUAAAAUUUUGUUUUCUGUCAUCACAAAUGUUUGUACUUACUUAUUUGACGAAAAUAUAUGAAACGAAUGUUUUAACAGA